GGGCCGGCAGAUGCCUGGAAAUAAAAAUUUGAUGAUUGCAUGCAGCGGCUGGAGCGGCUCUGUCGGUGGCGGCGGCGGGGACGCAGCAGGGAGCGGGGGGGCGACGGCACCAUGAAGUAUCAGAAAUACCUGACUGUCUUGCAGAUGGCCAUCGGGGUGACCGCCUCCAACCGGGGCAGCCUCAUGCCCUUAAAGAGGAAGCUCUGGGUAACACCAUCCUCUGAAAACCCCAAUGGUUCUAACUGUAGCAUAAGCCAAGGAAAGCCUUCUUUGAGAAGAAUAAAAGGGAGAAUACAUAGGAGCAAAAGCCUCGAUAGUCUCGAUUUCUGCGAGUUCAACAGCACAACAAUGGAAGAAACGGCGAUAUGGGAACAACACACGGUGACGCUUCACAGGGCUCCCGGAUUUGGGUUUGGCAUUGCGAUAUCAGGAGGAAGAGAUAACCCCCACUUCCAGAGCGGAGAAACGUCAAUCGUCAUAUCUGAUGUCCUCAAAGGAGGCCCAGCGGAAGGUCUGCUACAGGAGAAUGACCGUGUCGCGAUGGUCAACGGAGUCUCGAUGGAUAACGUGGAGCAUGCGUUUGCUGUUCAGCAGCUGAGGAAAAGCGGGAAAAAUGCCAAAAUCACCAUCAGAAGAAUGAAAAAAGUUCAGAUUCCGGUAACGCGGACAGAACCAGAUCCCGUGUCAGAAAACGACGAGGACAGCUAUGAAGAGGAGAUCCCGGAUCCGAGAAGUUCCCGCGGUGCUACGAGUGCGAGCAGACGGCACGAAAAGAACUGGGUGAGGGACCGAAGCGCGAGCAGAGAGAGGAGUCUGUCCCCGAGAUCGGACCGCAGAUCGGUGACGUCCAGUCAGCCCGCAAAACCAACUAAAGUCACAUUGGUGAAGUCCAGGAAGAAUGAAGAAUACGGUUUGCGCCUGGCCAGCCACAUCUUCGUGAAAGAAAUCUCCCAAGACAGUCUAGCGGCGAGAGACGGCAACAUUCAGGAAGGUGACGUUGUCUUGAAGAUAAACGGCACAGUCACGGAAAAUAUGUCAUUGACAGAUGCCAAGACCCUAAUAGAAAGGUCAAAGGGCAAGCUGAAGAUGGUGGUUCAAAGGGAUGAGCGGGCUACUCUGCUGAAUGUCCCAGAUCUUUCUGAUAGCGUUCACUCCGCCAAUGCUUCAGAAAGAGAUGACAUUUCAGAGAUUCAGUCGCUGGCAUCCGAUCAUUCCAACCGAUCCCAUGACAGGCCCCGCCGCAGUCGCUCACGAUCUCCUGACCAGCCUUCAGACCAUUCCAGACAUUCUCCACAGCAGCCCAGCAAUGGCAGUCUCCGGAGCAGAGACGACGAGAGAAUAGCCAAGCCGGGGGCGGCCUCCACGCCCGUGAAGAAUGCGGAAGACCUCCCCCUUUCGAAGUCUGUGGAAGAGUCUGUAGUGGAAAGGAACGAGAAACAAACCCCGCCACUUCCAGAACCAAAGCCAGUCUACGCUCAGCCGGGACAGCCGGAUGUGGAUUUACCGGUUAGUCCGUCCGAUGGCCCUCUCCCGAACUCGACCCACGAGGACGGCAUGCUCCGGCCCAGCAUGAAGCUUGUGAAAUUUAAAAAAGGAGACAGUGUCGGCUUGCGGCUGGCUGGUGGCAACGAUGUCGGAAUCUUUGUAGCCGGCGUUCUCGAGGACAGCCCUGCUGCUCGAGAAGGCUUGGAAGAAGGAGAUCAGAUUCUCAGGGUAAAUAAUGUCGACUUCACAAACAUCAUCCGUGAGGAAGCUGUGCUGUUCUUGCUUGACCUCCCUAAAGGGGAAGAGGUGACGAUCUUGGCACAGAAGAAGAAGGACGUUUAUCGGCGCAUUGUGGAAUCAGAUGUAGGAGAUUCUUUCUACAUUAGAACUCACUUUGAAUACGAGAAAGAGUCUCCCUACGGGCUGAGCUUCAACAAAGGAGAGGUGUUCCGGGUGGUGGACACGCUCUACAACGGCAAGCUGGGCUCCUGGCUGGCGAUCCGGAUAGGCAAAAAUCACAAGGAGGUGGAGAGGGGCAUCAUACCCAACAAAAACAGAGCCGAGCAGCUGGCGAGCGUGCAGUACACACUUCCAAAGACGGCCGGCGGGGACCGUGCUGAUUUCUGGAGGUUCAGAGGCCUGCGCAGCUCCAAGAGAAACCUCCGGAAAAGCAGAGAGGAUCUGUCUGCCCAACCUGUGCAAACCAAGUUCCCUGCCUACGAGAGAGUCGUCCUUCGAGAAGCUGGAUUUCUCAGGCCGGUGACCAUCUUUGGACCAAUUGCUGACGUGGCGCGUGAGAAGCUGGCAAGAGAAGAGCCCAAUAUUUAUCAGAUUGCAAAAAGCGAACCCAGGGACGCCGGGACGGACCAACGUAGUUCUGGCAUUAUCCGCCUCCAUACGAUAAAACAGAUAAUCGACCGAGACAAACAUGCCUUGCUAGACGUCACUCCGAAUGCGGUGGACCGUUUGAAUUACGCACAGUGGUACCCCAUCGUGGUGUUCUUGAACCCGGAUUCCAAGCAGGGCGUCAAGACCAUGAGAAUGAGGCUCUGCCCCGAAUCUCGGAAAAGUGCCAGGAAACUCUACGAGAGGGCCCACAAGCUACGGAAAAACAACCAUCACCUCUUCACAGCUACUAUUAACUUGAAUUCGAUGAAUGACGGCUGGUAUGGUGCUCUCAAGGAAGCGAUUCAGCAACAACAGAAUCAGUUGGUGUGGGUUUCAGAAGGAAAGGCAGACGGCGCUACAAGCGACGACCUCGAUCUCCAUGACGACCGCCUGUCCUACCUGUCGGCUCCAGGCAGCGAGUACUCCAUGUACAGCACGGACAGUAGGCAUACUUCUGACUACGAAGACACCGACACAGAAGGCGGGGCCUACACAGACCAGGAGCUAGACGAGACACUCAACGACGAGGUGGGGACACCUCCCGAAUCAGCCAUCACGCGGUCCUCUGAACCCGUAAGAGAAAACGUGUCGGGCGUGCAUCACGAGAACCCGACAUAUCCUCCAUACUUGCCGCAAGCUCAGCCACAACCAAAUCACAGGAUAGAGUCGCCUGGGUUUAAGACAGGCACUGCUCAACCGAUGUACAGGAAGGACCCCUACGUCAACGAAGAGCCGUACCUCAACGAGGAACCACCAAGGCAGAACUACAUCUUGAAACCGCCGGCGCAUGGGCACGCGGCGCAACGGCAGGACAAGGAGUCUAGUCUGGCCUACGAACCGCAAGGCCAGUACCCGGACAAACAGCCCAGCAGAGAUUACGAGGCCUUGGGGUACAGGUAUGAGUCCACAAACUAUGUAGACCAGUUCCCUCGUGGCUACGACCCUCGCCUUCAGUACGAGGAGCGUGUACCUCCGUAUGACGACCACUGGGCAUACUAUGACGAAAAGCAGCCCUACCAGCCCAGGCCGUAUGACAGCCAGCCGCCUAGAGACUUUGAUCCCCGGCAAAAUGCAGAAGAGAGCACAGACCGCAGAGGCUAUUUCCCAGCACAACCUCGCUUCGAAGAGCCGCCUUCUGUGGCAGCUUACGACAGCAGGCCCCGCUACGAGCAUGCCUCCAAAAAUUUUGGCCUUCCACCGCUGAGAUACGAGGAACAGUCCGCCGCCGGGUAUGAUGCUCACGGAAGAUACAAAGCAGAGACACCCGCCUACGCCUCCACCGUGCCCAGGUCUCCUGAACCGAAGCAUUACUACGAGUCGCAGCCCAGAGGCUACGAGCCGGCUCUACCGCAAGGGUUCACCGCUAAAGUCGGACAGUAUGAGCCUUCCCACAACGCUGCUGGGGCACAUCCUUCCCUUCCGCCGCAAAGCAAACCAGAAGUUCUGCCUUCCAACAGUAAACCACUGCCUACGCAACCAGCGGAAGAAGAAGAUGACCCAGCCAUGAAGCCGCAGUCGGUUCUCACGAGGGUUAAAAUGUUUGAAAACAAAAGGUCGUCAUCACUGGAAAAAAUAAAGGACUCGAAUGAAGUCCCGGUAGUCAAGCCUCCGGAACUUGCGCCUAAACCGAACAUCACCCCAGCAAGCGUUCCAAAGCCAGUCUCUCAAAACCAGUACGAACAUGACAAACCAGCUUACAGGGCCCCAGAACCGCAGAGACCUCAAGCGAAGCCCCCCGAGGACAUCGUCCGGGCCAACCACUACGACCCCGAGGAGGACGAGGAGUACUAUCGCAAGCAGCUCUCCUACUUUGACCGCCGGAGCUACGAGAACAAGCCUGCCGGGGCGCAGGUCCCCCCCAGCCACCACCCGGAGCCUGCGAAGCCAGUCCAUCUCCAUAAUCAGCUCAACUACAGCAACUACUCUUCCAAGGGGAAGUCCAUAGACGUGGAGCCUUUGGACAGAGGCGUGGCCGAAAAGCGCUACGAGCCGGUCCCGCAAGUGACUCCGCCUCCCCCCGUGCCCCCAGUGCAGUACACACAGCCUCAGUCCAUUAAUAACCCAAUUGUGUCUCUCCAGCCCAAACCCACACUUCCUGAAGUCAACUCGGUGUCAGAGUUCCAGAAUGCCACUGUGCCCAAGCCUGACCCUCUGCCCUCUCAGAACAAGCCAGCCACGUUCCGGUCUUCCAGCCGAGAGGACACCGUGCAGUCCACCUACUUCCCUCAGAAAAGCUUCCCCGACAAAGGGCCGGUAAACGGGACAGAACCCAUCUCCAAAACUGUCACCCCGGCUUACAACCGCUUCACAACGAAACCUUACACAAGUGCCGCCCGGCCGUUUGAACGCAAGUUUGAAAGCCCCAAGUUCAACCACAACCUCCUGCCAGAUGAGAAUCAGCCCAAGCCGGAGUUGACUUCGAAACCCCAGAAUUCUCCCCAGCCCGUUUUAAAAGCACACGGCUCGUCUCAGCCUCACGCGGAAUUUGACAGCACGAUGGAGACGUUCUCUGUACAGGCAGACAAGCUCAAGUACCAACCAAAUAACGUCAGCGCCGUGCCUAAAGCCAUUCCCGUAAGUCCUUCUGCGUUGGAAGACGACGACGAAGAGGACGGGCACACCGUCGUGGCCACAGCGAGAGGCGUGUUUAACAGCAACGGUGGCGUCCUCAGCUCCAUAGAGACUGGAGUGAGCAUAAUCAUCCCCCAAGGUGCCAUUCCAGAGGGAAUUGAGCAAGAAAUCUAUUUCAAGGUCUGCCGGGACAAUAGUAUCCUCCCGCCUUUAGACAAAGAGAAAGGUGAAACGCUCCUCAGCCCCCUGGUCAUGUGCGGCCCCCACGGACUGAAAUUCCUGAAGCCAGUGGAGCUGCGCUUACCACAUUGUGCGUCUAUGACCCCUGAUGGUUGGUCUUUUGCUCUAAAAUCCUCCGACUCCUCGUCGGGUGACCCCAAAACAUGGCAGAACAAGUCUCUUCCCGGGGAUCCAAACUAUCUUGUUGGAGCAAACUGUGUCUCGGUUCUAAUAGAUCACUUCUAACCCUUAACGUUAGUAGACUGACCUAAGUGUGAAAUCAAGAUCUCUCUCUCUCUCUUUAAAAAAAAAAAAAAGAUCUUGCCCAGAAACUGAACCACUCGUAUCAAGCAUUAACCGUUCUCUUGGUGUUCAAGCAAUCUUUGCUUUGACUAACAACGGCUCGUAAGUACAUUCUUGAACCAUGGUCAGGGCACAUGCCGUUCAUCGGCAGAGCAGGGCACCCCUGGGACCAAAGCGAGGCGCCUGCGGGGUUCUCUUUGGCUUUUCUUACACGGAUGCGGCGGAUCCGCCAUCACUUCGAUCUCUCUUUGACUACCAAUGAAGCAAUGCAAUUUGUUACUUUUCAGAGGAACUGACAAGUUGGUUUGUGAGCCACUGCUGAAUUUGGCCUUUUUCUUACAAAACCCUUUUCUAUAUGACAAACAAACAAAAACCCCAAACACACAUUUGUGUGUUUAAAAAUAUGCAAGGACUAUAUUGCGGACACCAGGUUGUUUUUAAAACUGGCAUUUCUUUUUUCUUUUUGAUGCAUUUUGCCCAUGAAGUGGAAAUCAACUCUUUUGGCUAGCACAAUAGUUCCCCCCCCCACCUUUCCUCCUCCUGCUAAAAGGGGUGACUUACAUGCACGUCUGCUUUAAUUGUACAUGAACACCACAAUUUGGGGGGGCGGGGGGUGUCGUAGGGAGAACAAGAGAGCACGCAUGUGGUAAGACAAUGGUUCAGCAGCCUCUGUCAGCCUGUAAAUUAACAACAUUUAAAACAUAUUAACCAGCAGGGAUGCCUUACCCUUCUAUGUUUUUACCUGUCUUCGCUCUCACCCUAAUUCUCUGUACUACUAAAUUUGUAUGGCUUCUCUGCUUACUUAGAUAAAAAAAAGAAAAUCUUGAGACAGACUGAGAAACUAAUUUAAUUUUUUUGAGCAUUGCUGAUUUAGAGAGAGAGGGGAGGGCAGGGAAGAAAACUACUUUCUCUCGUUUUUGCAUUGAUCAACCAGAGAAAUCCCCGAAGAACUUGAUGGUAUGUUUUCUGCUAUGCAUUCUGGAAAAUUUAUAGAUGUUCUAGAUUGCUUGUAUAUAACUCCGUGCAUACCACUCUUUUUUUUUUGUUUUUGUUUUUUGUUCUCGGUUUGUAAAUUAACUUUUAUAAGCUUUACCUUUUUAUAUAUAUAAAUAUAUAUAAAAUUACGAAACGUUUUUCUUAAUAUCUUUGUAUUCUCAUACCUUUUGAGCCUUGAAUUUUGCCAUCUUGCAGCAAUAACGCAGCAUUUCUACGGUGUGUGGAGGGGGGGAGAAAAGGACUUUUUUUAAAAAAGAAAAGAAAAAAUGCACAAAGUUGUUACCUUUUUAAAAAGUGCUGCAUUUAAAAAAAAACAAAAAACACUAACUCGGAAUUCUCUAGUUUGAUUACAUUCUUGAAAAAAAAUGAAAAGAAAAGAAAUAUCCCUACUGUAAUUUGUGAUAAGGAGGCUGUACUAUGUGCCCUGAAAUGUAUUUUUUUACUAAUAGACAAUUUAUUACGGCACAUCAGCACUAUUUCUGUUUAGAUAAUUAUACCACUGCAUUCUGUUGAUCAGUUAUUUAGUUAUACAGGUGUGGCUGAUUCUUUUUUUUUCUUUGCCGUUAUUAAAAAAAAUUACACAUUUCUAAACAUACGGAAUAAAAAUUGUUUUUAAAAUAAUAA